UUACGCAGCAUGUGAGAGGGGAAAUCCCAUGCCGCCAGUCGGGGGGUUCCCUAUUUUUUUUGGUAGUAUCAUUUUAUUGUUAUAGCAAAGAAAGAACUCUAAUUGACGAUCUCCUCGUUUUCAGCAAACGCACGUAGUAUUCAGUUGUAACCUUCGAUUUUUACCAGGGCGUACUGAACUCGACGUUAACUUAUUUGAAGACGUUUAAAGUUUAAAUUUUAAAAAAAUAUGUUUAAAGUAAUUAUAUUUUUAUACGUGAAUAUACCACAAUUUCUCUUCCCAUUGCUGUUUAUUUUGUGGUGAACGCAAUGAAAAAGGGCAGAAAGUUCUUGAAAUUGUGCCUAUGAAGUGGAUGCAUACAGAGGAUAAAGGUGCAGAACGAAGUGUGUGCUAUUUUCCUCCAGAGAAAGGAGUAUGAAAACUUGGAAAAACUUCUGAGAUAUCAUACUAACCGGAAAUUAAUAUGGGAGAAAUUUAAUGUGGAGAUUUUGGCUACUGCCGGUAAUGUGCUAAAUAAUAAUAAUAACAAUAACAAUAAUAAUAAUAGUAAUGUGUUCUUAUUUACAUUUUGUUCAGCUUGAUGAGUUUAAGUUAUAGUGAAAAUGCAGAAUCACCGUUUUUGUUCAGUCAAAUAGUUGUAUUUUUUAGAGACUCGGCUGGUGAAACAGCUAUCUAAAUAAUAACUGGUUCCGAGAAUUCCUGAUUUUAUUCGUUUUGAUUUAUGGUGGAUUUAUCGGUUAUAGAUAAUGACGGACAAGCUCACUGAAGACUCAAACGGUUGUACAAAAAACAUUUAGAUACUGAAUCCAAUACGUCUGAUUGUAAUGAAAGCUAAAAAAUUAUAAUUUCAAAGAAACGUGCUGCACGUAUGUUGACAACUCGCACUUCUUAAAACCAAUAGCUGAAGCUAGUGAAGACGAAGAUGACAGUGCAGUGAUGAUCCUCACGUCUCAGUUGAAUACUUGCACUGCAAUACAACCAUGUACUGAUGCACAAACAACGAUUUCUGCAGUUUGUUCUAGGAAAUUUCCACAAACCAAAGGAGACAGAAAACUGGAAUGGCAAAUGUUGGAGUUUACAUUUCAUACGUUUGACAAAUUUAAUUUUUGAAUGGAAUGAAUGGAUCUUUGUAUGAAAAUAUUUUUAUGAGAAAUAAUUCUAGGAAGUUUUGGAGGUGAUGUAGGUGCUCUGUUUUCUGAAUGUAUUGUGACGUGGUAUUUUAACCGUCACGGAUCCUCGACUGUUUCGCGGGUUUUUUGGAGACUUCCACCAGACGGGAAGUCACCUCCAGUGGUAGGAGUUCGGGGAGAGAGAAGGGCGGGAGUAUCUGGGGAGAUGUUUUUUUUUGUUUUUGGGUGACUGGCGAGCAAGGGAUGUCCGCGCCACUACGCUCCCGCGAGGGAUCCGAGUGACCCCGAGAGCAUCGGCAGUAGAUCCGAGGGCUACCCGAGAGAUGUCCUCAGGCUCUACGGGAUGAAUGGCCAGGACCGAUGGUGGGGAGCGUCCAGCUAGUAGAGAUGGAAGCUCAAGGGGAGGAGAGGAAGGAUUCCCCGAGGGGAGGGCACCGGAUGCGGGCAAAAGGUUCUGGAAGAACCACCCGGGACCAGCCCACAGAGUCGUCGCCAGGACUACAGGCGCCUGCGCUAACAGGGCAGAGCUGCGUCCAGGGCUAAGGGCGCCUGCGUUACGCGUCAAGGGGGCAUGCGGAGCGACGCUGGGCACCUGUCGCGCGUUCCUGAAAAGUUGUGAUUGGUGGAUGAUGACGCCACCACCCCCUUCCCUCCCAUCGGCAAAGGCGAGAGGGACCUGUUGCGUACCGCACGUGUGCUGUACGGACACUUCCCCUUUGGUGGGCCUGUGAGUGGGCACGUGCGUAAUUUUCCCCAAGUGCUACGGAGAAAGUGCUGGAAUCCCAGGACAUCCGAGAUUCCCGGGGAAUGAAUUUGUUUGAGACGUCCCGGACGUCUGAGUCCUGAAGGACUGCCGUUUUGGCAUUCCCUCACCGAAUCUCUGGCCAUUCCGAUUAGUGUAACACUGACUGUCUCCCUUGCCGGUAUCGUAUUUAAAAUUAAAAAUUGAUAAGAGAACUGUAACUGUGGAUUUUGGUUGAGGAAAAUUAUCAACCGUAGAUUAGGAUUUAUUUUAGCUCGAGCCACUAGGGAGUCGGCUGAGGAAUGUGAAGGUUGCGUGACCUCGCCCUUGUUUGGGUCGUCUUGUGUAUUGGUAUCACACUCCUUUGCCUUGGGAGUUUGGAGAUUCACCGAAUUGUAUUGUUUCCAGUCAUCAAGUAUUUGACAAAUCUUUGGAGUUACGGCCGUUCCGACCAAUUGUUUAUUUAAAGUUCCGACUAGCGGCAAGUGGGUUUACUAGCCCACUUCUUGCGAUUUAUAUUCUCUGUCUAUUUAACAAUAUUAAUUCGAGUCGCGAGACUCAAGGGUAUUUAUCCGUUUCACUACUGCGUUGACGUUCGAUCGUGAUUGUUUAAUUUAUUUUGUUUCAAUUUUUUUUUAUUUAUCGUCUAUUGUCGACUUCCGAAUUUCUUGACACCAAUUGUAUUCCGAAGACAGGACUUGAAACUCAUUCCGGUGGGUCGUCAAUUCCCCGGCAUUAAUUUAAGGGCAUUUUAUUUUCAACUACACAAUGAUUUUUGUUUUAUAUCGAGACUACUGAUGAAUGAUUAUUCAAUGUUGUGCUCCCCGCCAAAUUACUCGAGUGUGCCUUUAUUUUAAAAAAAUUUUUUUUUCUGAACACCCCCAGAUGCAUUCCCUUUUCCAGCUUCGGUGGAUUGAAACUCUCCGCACUGAGCGCCGAAGAAUUCGAGGCUGCAGAAGGGAGAAGGAGUUACAUCACGGAGGUCAUUCCGUAUAAUGACCUGGCGCCCAACCUAGAGUGGUUGUAUUUGUUUCCUCUUUUGAGGGGUUAAGGUGCCAGAGGGCGGGCGAACGGACGGAGGGUUCCGUGAACCUCCUCAAAUUACGUCACAGUAUACAGAGAUGCAUGAGUGGGACCAUUGUUCAUGAUAGAGUCAUCAGGUCCAGGGUGUUGUAUCCCUUUAUUCUAUUAGUUAGUUCGUUUAUGGAAACGAAGCAGA